GGUGGACACUUUCUGGGCAACCAGGGGUGAUUGAAACCAAUCUUUGCGAGUAUAUAAUGCACAAUACGUCUAUCUUCCAUGGGCCCCAUGUCGUUUGCACUCACAAUCCUCCAAUCUUUCUGCAAAAUUCAUGUUGUCGUUAGACGCCAACUUUCGAAGGCAUAGCAGGAACGCACAUUCCCUCAACUUUGCUCUUUGUUAGUUGGCCUCAGUCUGACAGGUUUUCUGCAUAUUACUCAUGUGUUGGCAUGAUGAUUCUACUUUCAUUUAGCCGCUCAUUUCUGAAUACUUGUCCACAAGAUUAUAAGGUUUCCCCCGUUGAUUACACGGGGCGUUUAUGCCAUCAAGAGAAGCAAUCAACAAAGUCAUGUCGGAGCACGUGUAAGGCGCGUUUACGCGUGUCGCGUUGAAUGUGUGAUCAACGCGACGCGUUCCUACGCGUUGGUUGUUCGCGCUUGUGGCUUCGCAUAAAUAUCCGGGGAGGCAUGUCUGCCCUCUUCUCCUCUCGCCUCCCUAGGUCUUCAUAUUACCUUCUUUCCCAUUCUCGUUUCAAACAAUGUUCGCCGCAGUAUACCCUCCACUGAUUCGCACCUCUUCCGCUUCGAGUAUCUCAUCAGAGAAUUCCAUUGACGAUUACAGCCACUGUACUUUCUCCAACUCUGUUGCUUCUGAUGGCGGUGGCAAACGUACGCGGAAACGUUUUACUGGAGCUCAGCUAGUGAUGCUCGAGGAUUUGUUCCAUACCUGCUCACAUCCAACACGUGAACAACGCGAGAUUCUAGCUAGUAAUGCCGGACUGGAGCUUCGCUCUGUUACUGUCUGGUUCCAAAACAAACGUCAGACGGAACGAAAAGUUGCUUUGGGCAAUGCCACUAAUUUAAAUGAAACUGCUCCAAACGCCACUUCUAAUCCAAGUACCUCUCGGCUCCGUCGUACGAAAUCGCAAGCGCGCCUUUCUCGCAAGUCACCAUCUGCCAGUUCCACGGGCUCUGUCAGAAGCGUGCAUGACCUUCAUCGUCCCCGCUUGGCUGAGGGGCGCACACCGUCUCUGGACUCCAUCGCUUCACGCACUGAACGCCCUCAAUUACCUUGGCAGCCACAAACUCCUACACGAGCACGUACUUUAUCUCAUCCAGACCUUUCCAAUUCUUCGAGUACCUUCAAACCCCACACCCCGUCACGAAUUCGACAACUAUGGGAGAAGAUGCCUUCAAGCCCAAUGAGUCCAGAAAGCCCGAAACAGGACAGUGGCCUUGACCUAGCCUAUCUGGACUAUGGACACAAGAGCAAAUCAAAGAAGACCUUGGAAUGGGCAUGUGCUGCCGCUAGGCUGAAUGGCAAAAACAGAGACGAUGAAGUAGACGUGCAGAUGUCUGGGACGGACGAGACGCAGCUGGCGAGAGCUUUCAGAUUUGGAGGACGAGAGGAUGAAAACCCGGCCGAUGAUAUAGUGUUGGACUUCGACGGAGAUACCGAGGACGAGGCAGAAGCUCACGAAGCCAUCACUCCUAGCAGCAGUCAGAUCAUUGUCUCCACAUUGGGGUCGCAAAACGGUCGCAUUUCAGAGAGUGUGGACCAGGAAGGAAACGAGGAAGAGGAUACAGACAAAAUGGAUAUUGAAGGCACCAAGGGCGGCGCGCAUGAUGAGGAAACGGUGAAAGCAGCGCUAGUGCUGUGCGGGCUUAGUGGAGGGACUUGGCAUUGAUUUCAACGUUCAUCUCUUUUAUCUCUUUCUUGAGACUUUGCAGGUUAUUUAGAUGUGUAAAAUAGCGCAUAAUUAUUAGUUCUGUGUAUAACUACAGUACUAGCAACACAUAGCUAGUUUCUGGUCGCCAAUAUGUAUCUACUGUGUUCUAGGUAGCGUCCUAAGAGCGCUUUCAUGAUGUCAUAAAACAUGUCUAUGCCG